AUGCGCAUCCACUCGUCUGAAAAUUAAGGGGGAGGUUUGGAUUUGCACGGAUUCCCGUUCUUGAACAUUUUUUUCCCAGCAGGACUAGUCCCAAUAACUUUUUAGAAUCUACUGUCUUCUGUUUUCACGCGAGGAAAUAACACAAACAACAAUUAAUUUGAUAAACUUUGGUCUUUUUCCCCCUGGAGGUGAGAAGACUGCGAUUUAUCGCGAGUGAAGACGCUGAGAUCAAUGGACGACCGAAUUACUAAAGUUUGCCAGCAUUGUUUGUGUUAGCAGCGUUUUAAAGAAUACCAGUGGAAAUAAAAUCCUGGCUGUAUCCCACGAUACAUCUAUCAGCUCAAAUCCGUUUCAUCCUCCGGAAGUUUUGUUCCGCUUUUCCCCCCUGGUCUUUAGUCUGGCACGCACGCGAUUUUCCCUGGCCAAGUUUGGGAAAAUAUGCGCGAGCUUGUUAGCUAAACUUCCACAGUUGCGACCAAAGUGAGAGUUUCAGCUUCCACUCAUUACGUGUGGAUAUUCUCCAUUUUUGGAGGUACUUUUUCUCCCUCCAAUCUGGGCUAAGGAGUGUUCUUAUCAGAUUUAUCAGACGCUGGCUGGCCCGCCAGUAAGUUUAAAUCUACAAAUGACCUGCUGCUGAUGCCCAAAGUUCUGACUGGAGUUCCUGUCGCAGAAAAGCCACCAAUGUAGCUCCCCUCAACAGGAUGCUGAUGAGGCCAAGUGUACUUGUCUUUCUGGCUUUCUUUGCCCAGGUUUUAAGGACACAGUGCCGCCCCCCGCCAUUCUGAUGAAGUUGCCUUGGAAACGCAAGCGGAGCUUUUCACCCUCUAUCUUGGGGAUCGUCUGGACUUAAGUUGCUUCACCAAGGACUCCCUCCAUGCUGUCAACUGGACCAAAGACCAUGUGGUCGUAGUGGAUGGAGAACACACACACAUACGCAACGGCCAGCUGGAGAUUGAGACAGUGGAGCUGGCGGACUCUGGCAUCUACGCAUGCAUGACCUUGGGCAACCACAGUGUCUUUUUCAACGUCACAGUUGACACCCUGGCCUCGUCUGAGGAUGAUGAUGAGGAUGAAGAAUCUUCUUCGGAGGAAGCAAAAUUAUUAGGCAGUCAAAAACUACUUCCAAUGGCUCCACAGUGGGCUCACCCAGAAAAAAUGGAGAAAAAGCUCCAUGCUGUCCCUGCCAGCAAGACUGUCAGAUUCCGCUGUCAGGCCAGUGGCAACCCAACACCUACACUAAAAUGGUACAAGAAUGGAAAGGAGUUCAAGAAAGACCAUCGAAUUGGAGGUUUUAAGGUUCGUGACCAUGUUUGGACCAUCAUCAUGGAAUCUGUGGUGCCCUCAGACAAGGGAAACUAUACCUGUGUGGUGGAAAACCAAUAUGGGAAGCAUCAACACACCUACCAGCUGGAUGUUGUCGAGCGCUCUCCACACAGGCCCAUCCUGCAGGCUGGUCUGCCCGCUAACCGCACCGCAGUGGUGGGCAGUGAUGUAGAGUUUGAGUGCAAGGUCUUUAGCGACCCUCAGCCUCACAUCCAGUGGUUAAAGCACAUCGAGGUCAACGGGAGUCGCGUCGGUGCAGACGGCUUACCGUAUGUCCGUAUCCUCAAGACCGCUGGCCUUAACACCACGGACAAGGAAAUGGAAGUCCUGCAACUGAGAAAUGUGUCUUUUGAUGACGCUGGGGAGUAUACCUGCUUGGCGGGAAAUUCUAUCGGGUUCUCUCAUCACUCUGCAUGGUUGACGGUGUUUGAAGCCAUGCCACACUAUCCUCCGGCCAACCACACGUAUCUGGAGGUUGUCAUCUACUGUGUGGGCUUCUUCUUCAUCGCUGUCAUGAUUGCCAUCGUAAUUAUUGUGAAGAUUCGCACCUCCUCCAAGAAGAGUGACUUCAACAGUCAGCUGGCUGUGCACAAGCUGGCUAAAAGCAUCCCUCUGCGUAGACAGGUGUCAGUGGACUCAAGUUCCUCCAUCCACUCUGGUGUGAUGUUGGUUCGACCAUCUCGACUUUCCUCCAGCGGCUCUCCAAUGUUGUCAGGGGUGUCUGAGUAUGAACUGCCGCAAGAUCCCCGUUGGGAGCUUCCUCGAGAUCGACUUGUUCUCGGAAAGCCCCUGGGCGAAGGCUGCUUCGGUCAGGUGGUGAUGGGAGAGGCACUGGGUCUUGACAAAGAGAAGCCAAGUCGUGUGACAAAGGUUGCAGUGAAAAUGUUGAAGUCUGAUGCCACAGAGAAAGAUUUGUCAGACCUGAUUUCAGAGAUGGAAAUGAUGAAGAUUAUUGGCAAACACAAGAACAUCAUCAAUCUGCUGGGAGCCUGCACACAGGAUGGUCCUUUGUACGUGAUUGUGGAGUUUGCGUCCAAGGGCAAUUUGAGGGAGUUUUUGCAUGCUAGACGCCCUCCAGGCAUGGAGUACUGUUACAACCCAGACCAAGUUCCUGUCGAGAACAUGUCCAUCAAAGACCUGGUGUCUUGUGCCUAUCAAGUGGCCCGAGGCAUGGCGUACCUGGCUUCCAAAAAGUGCAUCCACAGAGAUCUUGCUGCUCGUAAUGUUUUGGUAACGGAAGACAAUGUGAUGAAAAUAGCUGAUUUUGGCUUGGCAAGAGACAUACACCACAUUGAUUACUACAAGAAGACCACCAAUGGUCGUUUACCGGUCAAAUGGAUGGCUCCUGAAGCACUGUUUGAUCGAAUAUAUACACACCAAAGUGAUGUCUGGUCAUUUGGCGUUCUACUUUGGGAAAUCUUUACUCUGGGAGGCUCUCCAUACCCCGGCGUCCCUGUGGAAGAGCUGUUUAAGCUGCUGAAGGAAGGUCACCGCAUGGACAAACCCUCCACUUGCACCCAGGAGCUGUACAUGAUGAUGAGAGAUUGCUGGCAUGCUGUGCCCUCCCAGAGGCCAACUUUCAAGCAGCUUGUAGAGGACCUGGAUCGUUGUCUUGCCAUGACGUCCAACCAGGAGUAUUUAGAGCUGUCCGUGCCAUUGGAUCAAUACUCCCCCAACUACCUUGACACCCGCAGCUCCACUUGCUCUUCUGGCGAGGACUCUGUCUUCUCCCACGAUGCUGGUGCUGAGGAACCCUGCCUCCCAAAGCUCCCUCCCCAUUCCAACGGAGCGGCCAUCAAAAAACGCUGAUACCUCAUCACCAGUCAGACAAACAUUGACAUUUCUUCCACUCCCUGCCUCAUGCGGUUGUGGACUCUUCUUCCCUAAAAUUCCCAAAGAUAAAGCUAAGGACCGCCGCUGCUUGGUGAGACAGGAGCUGAGAGACACCUCAGAGAACUUGUUGGAUCUCAAGGACCGCAAAGCGCAGCUAUUUCCCGAUCCUGGUGGAACGAUGUUUACCGGGGCACUUUCUAUUAUCAAGAGUGGAAGUUUGUCACGGUGUUGAAAAUGGGUUUCCCAUUCCUAUGCAGGACAGGGCCUUUUUUAUUCAUUCAGUUCAUCGGGAUAACAUUUUUGCUUUAAAGACUAAAUACCAAGGAACUAGGACCAUGGUACAUUGCGCCAUUCACUAUGUCUUCUUGUAAAUACUGCCAGAAAAAUAUAAAUAUGAAUAUAUAUGUAUGUAUAUACCGUGUGUGUAUGUAUAUAUAUAUAUAUGCAUACAUACAUACAUACUUAGACUAUACUCUUAUUUUUAUCACUGUAAUAGAUUUUACUUUUGUAAAGUGAUUGAUUGACCCAUUCUUGAGUAUAGUCCACAGGGGAGAUAUCACAUGACUAUUUUUCCCCCCCAGAAUUGAUUGCCCUCAUUUUAUAUUGUACCCAUCAAUACAAAAUAGAGUAUUUUUUUUAUUUCUUUAACAUGCUUUUCAAUAUUACAUCAUGCAUAUCAGUGUACCAGUGAUAUUUGCAGGUGCUCCAUUCCACACCCAGAUGAAUAUCAGUGUAACUGAUUGUGUACGUGAGUAAACUGAAUUUUAUACAUCUUGCCCAACUGUCAACAUGUAGUUCCUGCUUACAAAAGCCACCCUACUUAGCUUCAGUAAAUGUCAUGCACUUCCUCUGUGCAUGUAUGUUGUGUAAUUCAUUUUACUGUAUAAGCUUUAACCAUGAUGUUCAUCUUCUGCCAAAUAACUUCUGAUGAUGAGAUGUGGAACACUCAUCCUCAUAAAUGGAUAACAUGAAA